AUGGGUCUACUGAACAUCGAAUUGAACAGAACACACAACUUGUACCGCAAGUCGACCACUGACCUGCCUCCCCCUCCCCCGCCCCCGCAGGACUACCAGGUGGACCUGUACCUGCGGCAGUCCUGGGUGGACGAACGGCUCAACCACGACGACAUCAAGCAGCCGCUCGACCUCAACGACCCCAACCUCGUCAAGGCCAUCUGGAAGCCCGAGGUCUACUUCCCCAACGCCAAGCACGCCGAGUUCCAGUUCGUCACCGUGCCCAACGUCCUCGUCAGGAUCAACCCCAGCGGAGAGAUCCUCUACAUGCUCAGCCUUUGCAAGUCGGAAAAGGCUCGAGUUUCCCUGAUCCUCUUCGAGUGUGAAUUUACAAAGUGA